AUGAAGCCUCUCAAUUUGGUCUUAGGCCUCUGCCUUCUUGUAGGAUGCUUCCUGUCCUGUGAGUGUCACAGAGGCCCUAGAAGACAUGAUCAUAGAAGACCACUUCCUCCUCCUCCCCCUCCCCCUCCCCAUGGUCCAGGAUUUGGUCGACCACCCCCUCCACCCUUUGGUCCAGGAAUUGGUCGACCACCCCCUCCACCUCCUUGUCCACCAGUUCCUCCACAUCCUAGACCUCCAAGCAAUCCUUCUCCUCCACCUACUCCAAACAUUCCUCCUACCGAACCUCCUACCACAGUAGAAGCAACUACAACGCCAGCUGCCAGUAUCUCCAUAACUACUCCUACUGCUAGAGAUCCCACUGAUAUUUUUUGGAGGUUGUGGGAAUUAAUAAAUUCCCUUUGGCAGCAAGAAUAA